CAAAAAGCGUCAAACGUCAUGGCACCGAUUGUGUUGUACAGUACUCGCCGUACGCCGGCCGGCAGAGCCGUAGAAUUGACGGCCAAGAUGAUUGGAUUGGAUCUGGACGUGCAGUACAUCGAUCUGACCAAGAAGGAGCAACUGACGCCCGAGUUCCUUAAGAUGAAUCCAAUGCACACGGUACCAACCGUAAAUGAUAAUGGUGUUCCACUGUACGAUAGCCAUGCCAUCAUUAUCUACCUGGUGUCCAAGUACGCGAAAGAUGAUAGUCUGUACCCGACGAAAGAUUUGGUCAAGCAGGCAAACAUCAACGCCCUGUUGCACUUCGAAUCGGGCGUACUAUUCGCUCGGCUACGCUGGAUACUGGAGCCAGUGUUUUACUGGGGACAAACGGAAGUUCCGCAAGAGAAAAUCGAUUCGGUGCUGAAGGCGUACGAACUGCUUGAGGCCACACUGAAAACCGGCGGUACAGAUUAUCUCGUUGGCGAUACGAUCACGCUGGCGGACAUCUCGGUCAGUACGUCGCUCAGUACGCUUAACGCACUGUUCCCGGCCGAUGCCAACAAGUAUCCGACGGUGCUGGCGUAUCUUAAACGGCUUGAGCAAACACUGCCAAACUACAAAGAGAUUAACACCGAUCGUGCUAAUGAAGCACUGCAGCUGUACAACCAGAAACUCGGCAAAGUCUAAACAUGGAGCCA